GCACCCUGGAAUCCAUGCAUCUACCUCUUCUCUGUGUCUCAUUUCUCUCAAGUGGGAAACUCUCUCAUCUACCUUCUCAUGCAUUUCUUUCCCGCACACCCCAUAAUAUGCUUUCCUGAAAGGAUCUUCAGUUUAAGCCUAAUAACGUCAUUUUGCUAAUGAGAUCUAGGGAUGUAAAUUGUCCCCAAUGGCUACCAUCAGUCCUUUUCCUCUGUAUCAAUACAACAACUUUAUUUCUGAUGUGUAAAUGUCAUAUGUAAGUCUCCAUUGCAGGCAGUGAGUGCUACAUGGAAGUGAAUCACAGCUAAUUGGCUCCAAAGCCCUUUCUCCUCAAACUACAUUUGGAUUUUGGGAUUGGGAGAGAAUUGGCCCUCUGAAACCUUGGUAUUUUAAGCUUUAUACUUAGCCUAUUCCACCUUCAUAUGAACUCCGGUGUUUCCCAGUUGCCUGGACUACGUGUAGUCUCUGGAAACCCAAACUUCCAGUUCUCAGUCCUGCCCCUGAAGGAAAUUUGCCACCUUGGAUUGGUUCCUAGAAACCCAGGCUCCUCCUCAAACUCCUAGCUGGUUGGCCUUUUCUCUGCCCCUCCCCAUGAGUGGGUCACUCCACAGGGACACACAACAGAGGCAAGAGAUUCCUAUAGGAAGGAAAAGUCAGGGUAAGGAUGAUGGGAAGAGGGAAGGGACCAAGUACUGAGAUUUAUUUUUUCCAAAAGAGGGUUGAGAAGAGUGAUUGCUGUACGUAGAGCCUGACUGAUAGAGAGGAACAGCUCCAUCCUCCCCUUGACCUCAGCCUUGCCUAAGGUUUCAAGGAGAUCAAGUAUAGAAGCUUCUAGAAAGUAUAAGAGAUAGAUUUGGAGACUAGAACUCUAACUCCCCUGGGAUUCUUGGUUCAGUCUAGGGAUCAGGAAAGCAUCCCCAUGUCCAGACCUAAAUAUAAGUCCCCUCCCUCCCCUAGGACAGCAAGAAGAUGCCACCUAAGACCAAAGGAAAAAGGAUGAAAGCUGGGGCACAGGAGAAGAAAAAGAAUGCAGGUGCUGAUGUGGAAGCCAAAUCCACACACAGGCUGACAGUGUUGGAAAAGGAGUUGCUGCAAGACCGCUUGGCUCUGCGAAGGGAUGAGGCCCGCCAAGCCAAGGCUUCUGCAGAAGAACUGAAGCAAAGGUUGCAAGGGCUGGAGGCUGAACUGGAAGGGGCUCGAAGUGAAAGGAAGGCCAUAUAUGCAGAGAUGAGUUGUCAGUGCCGGGCCCUGCAAGAGGAGAUGGAAACUCGCAGCAGGCAGCUGGAGCAAGAAGUGAGGGGCCUUCAGGUGCAACUAGAGACAUGCCAGAGGGAGGCUGAGGCUGCACAGAGAGAGGCUAAGCAGGCCCUCAGUGAGCGGGACCAGACUCUGGCUCAGCUUCGGACCCAUGUAGCAGACAUGGAGGCCAAGUAUGAAGAAAUCUUACAUGGCAGCCUGGACCAACUCUUGGCUAAGCUGAGGGCCAUCAAGCCUCAGUGGGAUGGGGCUGUGCUGAGACUCCACGCCAGGCACAAGGAGCAGCUCUGCCAGUUUGGACAACCCCCUGGAUCUUUGAGGCUGUAAGCAUAUAGUCUCUGGGGCUCUCUGAGGCCCCAGCAAUAAAGCUGUCUUGAUGUAGAAGUCAAUGGAAAUUUGGGUUGUGGCUUUUUGGCAAAGAUGAGUGCCUCUCAUGAGAACAUCUCAGUUCUGAGCUGACCCAUUAGCCUGAAGGCUGAAUGAUAGAAGAGAAAUUUGACGAGGUCUCAACUUUUCCUAGAAAAGUGGGUCCUGCCCUUUGGGCCUGGGGCCUUUUUGGUCCCUUCGAACUACUGCCUCCUACCCCCACCCACACAAAUACAGGCAGCCAGAUUUGUGGGAAAAGGCCAUUUCUGUGAUGGACCAACAGUGACCAGGCACCAGCCCCCACAGUCCUAAGGUGUAACUGGUCUCCAAACCCUUGUCAAUACAUCCCAGAGUCCUGGAGUCAUGCCUCAGGCAAGUUCCAGAUGGCUUCGAUCCUAACCGGCCUAUAGCUCACAUAAAAAGGGAAAACUUUUUUCUCUAUUCUACUACAAUACUCUCAGUAUUACUUUACUUCUGGCCACCAAAUAUGUAGGGGUUUUCCCCACACCUAGCAAUUCUCCCACUCUUCUGUGGACACCAGCUUGGUGUCCUACAAUUUAACUCAAUUCUUACACUAUCUACCUAGAGAUUCCAUAGGUUAAGGACUCAGUGCCACAAU